AUGACCUCAACCGAAAAACAAUUUACCGUCGCAAUAGUAGGCGGUGGAAUCGGAGGCCUCGCGCUGGCUGCAGGACUCUUGCGCCGCAAUGUGCCUGUUCAAAUCUAUGAAGCUGCUCCCAAAUUCAAAGAGAUCGGGCUGGGUUUGACGAUAGGGCCAGCAGCUCACCGUGCGAUGCCCUUGAUUGAUCCUCAGAUCCGCCACGUAUAUGAUUCGCUCAUCACGACCCAUGCCGACAGUCCCGGGUAUGAGCGAUUCAAGCAAACUUGGUUUGAAGUUGUCUGGGCCUCAGGUCCAAAAUCGGGACAGGUUCUCAUGAACUUGAAGGCCUUGCCGUCAGGGCAAACCACCGUACGGAGAGCGGAUUUCUUGGACGCCUUGGUUGGGCUGGUUCCGCCUGAGAUUGCGCACUUCGGAAAAAGGCUGAUCAGGCUAGUCGAAUCGCCGACCGGUGUGCAUCUGUACUUUGAAGACGGCACCUCUGCAAGUGCAGAUGUAGUGGUCGGUUGUGAUGGGAUCCAUUCAAAAGUCAAGGAGUUUAUGCUACCAGAUGAGUAUGAGCAGACCAUGCCACGGUACAGCGGAAUGUACGGAUAUCGCGCAGUCUUGGAUAUGGAGACGAUGGUCGAAGCGGUCGGUGACCACCGUGCUCGAGUAGCGACCAUGUAUGUCGGAGAUGGUGCAUAUGGGAUUUCAUAUCCCAUCAUGCACGCGAAGAAGGUCAAUGUAGGUCUCUAUGUCCUGCACGAUAUGUGGGACGACGCAGCGUGGGUUCGUCAAGCUAGCAAGGAGAAUAUGGCAAGGGACAUGAAGCAUAUGGGGGAAUAUGUCAACCGGCUGGUCGAGUGGGCCAUAUUUGAUCAUCCACAUUUGUCCACCUUCGCGAGAUCGCGUAUCGCGAUUCUCGGGGAUGCGGCUCAUGCUUCCACCCCACACCAAGGAGCAGGAGCAGGACAAGCAAUUGAGGAUGCACACGUACUGGCAGAGCUUCUUGGGGAUCGGAGGGUAAUUGAAGCAAGAGACGUCCUUGCAGCAUUUCAGGCAUACGAUGAAGUACGACGGCCACGGAGUCAGAGGGUGGUAACAAGUAGCAAAGAGAACGCAUACUUGUUGUGUUUACACCUGCAUGGAGUAGAACAUGAUGAGGAGAAAUUGAGAACAACUUUUCAGGAGCGGUUACGGUGGCUUUGGGAUAUCGAUAUCCAGGACCAAGCAGAGAGGGCAAGGCGGAUCAUGUUGAAGAAGAUGCAGAACAGCUCGAGUUGA